AUGAUCCUUGCAGAUGAACGUUUUUCGGUAAAAAAAAGUCUAAAAACUGACAAAGCUCCAAGAACUGCAAUGAUUUGCAACGAACGCAAACGACUCGUCGAGAUCACAUCCACAAGAAAUAUAGAGUCCGAAACAGUUGACAUCUUGCCUGCGAAAGUAAGGAAUGUGAUUCUUAAAAAUCAAUACUUUGUAAAUAUCACAUCAGAGCAAGAAAGUCUUCACACCAUUAAGAAGCACAAGCAAGCUUACAAGCAAACUUGUUCCCCGAUUAAUCAUGUCCUAUUUCUAAAGACGCACAAAACAGGUGGUAGCACCAUAACGAAUAUUCUCAACAGGUAUGGAGACUCCAAGAAUUUGACUUUCGUGCUCCCGAGAAAUAAACAGCUUUUCACGUUUCUGUGGCCUGCAAGAUUCCGUGUCUCCUACACUGCACCUUUGUACAACUUUGGAGCCAACAUCUUGUGCAAUCACGCCAGGUUCAACAAAAGACCAAUGAAUUAUUUAUUUCCGAAAGAUCGUAGUAGAUAUAUCACAAUUCUAAGGGACCCCGUUGCCCAAUACGAAUCCGUGUUCAACUUCAUGCAUUUUGCCAAGCCGCUGGGGUUUAAAGACGAGGAAGACCCCUUGGGAACAUUUUUGAAAUUUCCACCACCUUUCCAAGAAAUUAAGCCACUAAUGAAGGCCACUUUAGCCCUCCAUUUGGUGCGGAAUCCCAUGCUUUUUGACCUGGGCUUGGACUUUCGAUAUUUCCAAAAUAAAACUGCUGUAGAUCGCUACAUAGAAUUCUUAGACAAUGAAUUUGACCUAGUGAUGAUUUUAGAACAUUUUGAUGAAUCACUUCUACUGUUGAAGCGACUGUUAUGCUGGGAACUGAAAGACAUUUUACAUUUCAAGCUGAACGAGAGGCAAGAUAUUCAGAAACGGAAAUUCAUAAGUCAAGAAGUUAGAGAGGACAUCAAGAGCUGGAACAAAGCGGAUUUCAUGCUUUAUCAGCAUUUCAAUAGAACCUUCUGGAGAAAGAUCAAAGCCCAGGGUCCAAGUUUUCAAAGGGAACUGAAGAUUUUUAGACGUAAAAAGGAAGCCUUGACAAGAGCCUGUCUGCAAAAGGGAAAUUUCCUGGACGAAGCAUAUACUGGUGUUUACGUGAAGGGUUACUCCCUCAAGAAAAACGUACCAAAAAAGAAGAGAGUAAUGUGUCAGAGCAUGAUGAAAAAUGAACUGUCAUAUGUGAAGUUCUUUAGAGAGAAAAUGAGCAAGGAAGUUAGACACAUCGAGGAACCAGAGGAGUAUCUUGACGAUCCUAGGAACGACUGGGAGGUAGCUAGUGACUUGGAGCACGAUCCUAUUCUGUCAGGAGAAGAGUCGUCCGCUGAUUCGGCUCUGAUUCUGCCAAGGCCAGCGUCCAUUGAAGGAGUCACGAAAAAUUAAUAUCGAAAGCACUACCGUUGUUGGAGAAAACGUAUCAGCUGGGAGCAAAGUCCAUUCUCCGAGGAGACCACAAUUUCCAACGUCAUUCAUUGAUGUUCUUAAGCAACAUCAUGUGUUCUCCUCGCGUAGGCGCCAUACCCGUGUGCAAAUUUUCGGUUCAGUCGAUCUUUUGAUUUGGAAAGACCUUGACAGUGCAGAAAAAAAAAAAAACAGAAGAAAAAAAACAGAAGGUCAGGAAUAAGUCUUAGAAAGGUUCGCCAUAAUCGCGAGAUUAAAGAAACUUUCUGCUCCUCUUAGCGAGUCCGUGUUUCUAAACAUUCCUUUGUGAGAUCAACAGGCUCAGUUUGAUAUUCGUUUCGUCUUUAUAGGCCCUAAUGUUCAGUUUUAGGAAUUUUACAAUGUAAAAAAUAUCAUUUAUUUGUUUAUUCGUGUCUAAUGGUCAAAAUGCGGGGGGAAAGUGCAUUUUACUAGUGGUAGGCACCAUGAUCCUUGCAGAUGAACGUUUUUCGGUAAAAAAAAGUCUAAAAACUGACAAAGCUCCAAGAACUGCAAUGAUUUGCAACGAACGCAAACGACUCGUCGAGUAUGUUUGAUUCAUUUGGCUGUGGACAUGUUAGUUUUGUAGAUUUUGCUUUUAUUUGGUUGUCUAAAGAAAAAGCCUAAUCAAAGCGGGGAAUUUCAAAGGAACAAAUUUGGCCAGAAGGGUUUAAUUUUAACUAAUUACUAGUAACUAACUAAGGAUAUAAUUGACUGAAUUGAAGUACGAGUGGUAUAAAAAAUGAAAUGGAAUAUAUUAUUUCGAAUAUAGUUCCGAACAUGUCGUUGAUACUUCUUAAAUUACGUCUUAAAUUAAACACUGACGCCACUUCAUGGCUAAUUGACCUAUAUCUGGCAAUGCAUCUAUUUCUAGAUAUAGAUAGUACAGGCAUUCCUUGUCUGGAGUGAUUUCACAGACCCUGUUCAUAAAUGGUGGCCUAUUAAAAAUUCUUUUGUAAGUGUGAAAAUUAGCCCAACUAACCUCGUUUUUGAUUUGAUAAGUCAAAAGAAUUUUUACUCUCAAACAAGGUUAGUUGGGCUAAUUUAAAUGCAUAUAAAAGAAUUCUAAAUUGGCAACCAUUUAUGAAGAGAGUCUAUUGAAAUGCACAAUAUGGCUUUUCUGCUUUAAAUUACAGACCCUCGGUUUCGAUACGGAAAAAAGUGCCGAGCGAUAAAAGGAGGCUGUAUUAGCAGGUUACAGAGGGUUAACAGCUGGAGUCUGGAGGGUCCAAAAAAAAAAAUUGGCGGACAAAUUUAAAAUAAAUUUUCAGGGUAUAGGUGGUUAAGAAUUCAAUGAUUCCGUCUUAUGGGAACACUUCGGUAACGGUCCGAGAGGCUAAUGUUCAGUUACUCCAUUUCUGUUCUGUAGCUAUUUAUUCUAUACAUCUAUGCAACUGUCGGUAAAUGAGUAAAUAAAUUUAAAUUAAGGAUGA